AUGGCCUCAAACAGUGCAAGCAGCGCACCUGCCCCUCCCUCCGUGAUUCCAUUGAUUAUCAACGGCAAGGAGGAAGUCACCCCUACAACAUUUGACGUGAUCAGCCCCUACACCAACAAACCCUGCUGGGCUACAGCCAGUGCCACCCCCCAAGAUGCAGUACGCGCGGUCGAAGCCGCCGAGGCCGCAUUCCCAGCAUGGUCGCAGACCAAACCGACCGUUCGCAGAGACAUCCUGCUCAAGGCCGCGGAUAUAUUGGAGAGUCGCCUGGUCCAGAACGCCGAGUACAUGCGCACCGAGAUGGGAGCUGAUGUCGGCGCAUCGCAGUUCUUCAUCGUCCCGCUAGGUAUUCGCAUGCUGAGGGAAAUUGCUGGGCGCAUCACUUCUAUUUGCGGAAGCGUGCCGGUUGUUGAGGAGGAGGGUCAGAGUGCAAUCAUUUAUAAGGAGCCAAUGGGUGUGAUUCUGGGAAUUGUUCCAUGGAACGCGCCGUAUGUAUUCGGCAUUCGAUCCGCGGCUUGCGCGCUCGCGGCCGGUAACACCACCGUUCUGAAAUCCUCUGAACUCUCCCCGUGUUCAUACUGGGCAAUCGCGCGUGCGUUUGCAGAUGCUGGCCUGCCUGCGGGCUGCUUCAACCUCAUAUCAUGCCGUCCUCAAGACGCUCCUGAAGUUGUCAAUGCUAUGAUCGAGCACCCGGCCGUGCGAAAGGUCAACUUCACUGGUAGCACGGCCGUGGGGCGCAAGAUUGCUCGCGCAUGUGGCCAGAACCUGAAACCCUGUUUGAUGGAACUGGGAGGAAAGAAUAGCGCUAUUGUCUGCGAAGAUGCUAACAUUGAGACCGCUGUCAAGGCGGUUCUGGCGGGCGCUUUCUUAAACUCUGGCCAAAUUUGCAUGUCUACUGACAGAAUUCUCAUUCACUCGUCCAUUGCGCCGGCGUUCAUGGAUGCGUUGAAGAAAGCCCUCGGAUCGAAUCUCGACCCUUCUGCGCCGCCUCCCACAUUGGUCAACGUUGCCUCUAAGACGCGGGUGGAGGGCAUGAUCGACAGGGCUCUCGAAUCAGGAGCUCACCUCAUCCACGGGUCACUCGACAAGAUAGUGGGAGAAUCAGGUGUGCGCAUGGCACCGGUACUUCUUGGUGGCGUGAAAGAAGACAUGGAGGUAUGGCAGGAAGAAGCCUUUGCCUCGCUGGCAGCAUGCAUGGUGGUCAACAGCGACGAGGAAGCCAUCCGCAUCGCCAACAGCAGUGGCUACGGAUUGUCCGCGGCCGUCUUCACCAAGGAUUUGAGGAAGGGGUUGGCGAUUGCCAAGAAGAUACAAUCUGGUGCUGUACACAUCAACAGUAUGACUAUUCAUGACGAACCUGUCCUACCACACGGCGGUGUGAAGAACAGUGGAUGGGGCCGAUUUAACGCUACUCAGGGACUGGAAGAGUUCCUUGUCACCAAGAGCGUGACAUGGAUGGAUUGA